AUGCAAAAAGGACAUUAUUCAAAAGAAUGCAUAUAUGAAAAACUAGUAUAUCAAAAGAAAUCUGAUAAAAGAGAAACUAUUGGAGUUUAUCGAAAGAAAUCUGAUAAAAGAGAAACUAAUCAACAAGAUGACAAAUUAGAACAAGUUUUAUAUGAUUAUGAGGAAGAAAAACUUAGCGAAAUUGAAGCUUAUACAGCAGAUAGUCAAGAAGAAUAUGAGGAGGAAACUGACCUUUUACCUCUCAUUUACAAUUUAUGGAAUGAAGAAAACUCUGUUUAUUUAACUCUUAAAUUUAAGAAAGAAUUUGAGCCUAACCUAGCA